AGCGAAAAAAGCACUGUCUUUGAAUGAACAAGACGUUGGAUUAGUUCCUGAAAGUCACCCUACUUGGAUUGGUUGGAACUAGCUUCUUUGCUAACUGUAAUGAUUUUGUUGAGGAGCGGUUUGAAUUCGUUACUUUUCACGACAGCCUGACGCCAGCCUGACUUCUGGCUUGCAGUAGAGCUCUCCUUCCGAUCCUGUCAAUGGUCUCAGAUUUGAAAGAAAAAAAAUACUCGAACAGUGAUAUUAUUAUUCUAUACAUCGCUUGUGGAAGGAAAGGGCGAGUGCUGGCGAUCACUCAGUCUUCGCAAGUAGAGAAUGUCCCUACUGAUUACCAGCUGAGAGACAGCUAUUCUGUGCUGUGAAACGAAGGGACGAUUCUUGAAGUGGAAGAACAAUCGUACUAGAUGUGCUGAUCUACUUGUAUGCAAUGUCACCCACAGUGUGUACAAACCUGUAGGCUAAAGCCGGUGUUACACUGGGGUUUUCUGGAUCUUCAAAGCACCAGAAGUAGUAUGUGUACUAUUGAAAGCGCCCAUUCCGUCUUGGAGGUGUGCAUCACAUUGACAUUGUGCAUGCGGUCUUUUACUAGUACAUGUGUUUGGUCAGAGUCUCAUCUGUGUGUGUGUCUGUCUCUCUGUUUGCUUGUGUGUCGGUGUGUGUGUGCGCGUGCGCGCGCAUAUGUGCUUAUGUGUCUUCAUGUGUGAGCAGUGUGUACUUUGAAUGUGCCGUGCACAACUGUUUUGUGUGUGUAUGCGCUUGCAAUUGCCUUGCAUGCGCUUUGAACAUGUGUUCGUGUACGUGCUCCGCAGGACUUGUGAUUUUGCCUGACCUUUGAAACCAAUUGGACUGCCUGCCCUGGCAAGGGACUCUUAUUGCUUAGCUUCUUGUUAUGGCGGCAUCAACAGUAGCACGUAACGCCACUCGACCUGUCGUUGCUACACAGCGGCUGCUUUCUCGCUCCCACUGUAUCAGUUCGGCGUCUUGCCCAGCUGCACCGUGUAGCUGUGUGGUUAAACAGCAUACCGGUGCUCCCUGCUCAGUAGCUGUUGUCAGUACCAGGAACUUGGUGAGUGUAGCGGACACAGGUAGUGGCGAGUACACUGCGUCGCUGGUGACACACCGUCACUGGCAAUGCCCACUGCUCACGCAGUGCAGCGCGUCACUAUUCCGCUCCACCACGUGUCACAACCGCAGCGUUGCAAGGGCUGCUAGCGCAAGUGCAGCGUCUCCAGCAUGCUAGCAGGAACAGCGCAGCAACGGUGGCGGAGCACUGAGCCCGGAGCAGAGGUCCCGAUUGGCUUCCGCUUGUCAUAUGCUGUGCGCUGCGAUCGGGUCGUUGCUCAGCACCAUCCCUUACUUGCUGCAGCAAUGUUCCCGCUACAAUGCUUACCCGGGUGUAGCCAGCAACGGACUGCGAUCUAGUGUAUCCAUAUUCUCCACGUGUACAUUGGUGCUUGAUGACAUCAAGUCACUGCUUCCGUCAUCGAAUACUAAGAGAGAUUUCGCACAGGCUGUGUCAGCACUUGAAGAACAUUCAGAGCUGCUCAGGGAUCACGCGCAGCUUUUUUAGUCAUCUACGCUGUCGUGCAAGUGGACAAGACUGGCGACCUGAUCGUUGAUCAUACUCAGUUUCCGGACGACUUUCUGGACACUGCUGAGAGUAUGGAGCGGAGAAGCUUCUAUGGACGGUGCCUCGGCCUUCAUAGUGCCAGCUCUGAGCCUUCUAAGGCAGUCAUCAUUUACUUCCAUGGUGGAGGGUUUCUGGCGCAAACGUCACAGUCACAUGUGAGCUAUCUAAGCCACUGGGCCAACCAGCUCAACGUUCCCGUGGUGUCCGUUGACUACAUGACGGCCCCCAAGCACCCGUACCCACGUGCCGUCAACGACUGUUUCUACGCGUACGCCUGGGUGCUGAGGAACGCCACCAGCCUGGGCACCACUGCCGAGAAAGUCAUCCUGGCCGGCGACUCGGCCAGAGGUAACUUUGUCUUCGGAGUGGCAUUCCUCGCUGCGCAGUACCAGCUUCGGAAGCCAUGUCUGGUUCUGGGCGCGUACCCUGCGCUGAAAAUCUCACUGGAUCUGUCACCGGCACGCUGCCUAAGCGUAAUGGAUCCGCUGUUACCCAUUGGAACGCUGCGGGCAUGUUUGAAUGCGUACCGGGGGAGUGGCAGCAUGCCAGAGUAUCACCCGAACACCGGUCACCUGUCACAGCUGCAGUCGGGCAUCCACCAACGUCAUGCCACCAUCCUGAAUGCUUCGCCGGCCUACCUCUCUCCACUGAUGGCCAGUGAUGAGAUGCUGCACAGCUUACCAUCGGUUGCAUUGCUGCCAAGUUCAUUUGACCCACUCUUGGACCGACGUGUGCAUUGAGUUGAUGGACGCAGCAAUCAAGCAACACGACCAAGAUGUUUAGUCGUGAUACAAGUAGUUCCUAUUGCAGUACGAGAUGUCACCACUCAUGCGUUCUCAGUGCAGCACCGGACCUUUGCCCAUUGGCACUCAUUUUACGAGUAUUGAACUAUUUUUUUUAAAUAGCAAGGUCCAUAAUUAGUUUUAUUACCAAGCAUCAAGUUGAAGUGGUUUGCACUAGUGUGACCCAUGCUACCGGCAUACCGACAGCUCUUAAACAAAAAAUAAUGCGGUGCCUACGUUAUUGCUGAUAUAAAUAUGUGGCUAGUAGGGUAGUGAGUCAACACAGUAAAGACAUAUA